AUGGCUCAAACAAGUGGAGUUGUGCGCUUCCUCCCUGAAGGAGAUUGCAUACUUUCAUCUCCAAGAGCACUCAGAGAAGUCGAAGGGAAACCAUGGUUGCAGUCCUUCAAGUCUGGUGUAGCUUUCAGUCCCCAACGUUGUUUUACUCCAGACCUCAACUCUCAGAGAAUUCAAGUACUAAGAAAGAGCCUAACGCCAGAAGCCAGACGAGCUCACCUAGGAAUGUAUAAUAGCACAGGGUCAUUGGUUUGCAGUGUUUCGGAUGUGGCUCAUAAGUCUGGAAGGGUCACUGCUCCCUGCAGCCCAUUGAGAAGUCAUCCUUUAUACUCUCCAGGUAGCAGGAGACCGUUUAUGGUUCCUCAGACUGUGGGACAAAGUUCUAUUGUGACAUUUACAUUUGUCAAGAAAUCCAGUGUACAGACAUUAAAUGGGAACCAGGCAGUGACUGAUUCCAGUCCAAGUGUGCUACAGGAAGGCAAACCUCAGAGUGCAGAAUGCUCUGCUAACACUGCCACUGAACCAGGAGCAUGCCUUGAAGAAAUCGUGGACACAGCAGAUGCUCACAGAAACAGUGAAAGAAUUGGCCAACCACAGCUUAUAUCUUCCCCCCAAGGGGGUAGAGCGCAGCUGGUGUCUGACAGUCCUCAAACAUGCCAGAAGCUAUUAGACAAUGAAUUGGGAAGAGGAAGUCCCAGCUCUGUGAGUGGGUCAGACUGUCACCUGAGCCUUCAUAGUGAUUCUACCAAUAAAUAUGUUAAUACAGGUCUUCAACCAAGCAUUACAUCAUCUUCAGAUAAACCCUUGAGUCCUUCUCAAAGUCCCUUGCUCAAACACAUUACAGGAGAUUCUAAUUUCUGCAAAGAUGAGCUUACAUCAUCAACUUUGGAAGGACAUAAUGAGCAAUUGCCAGCAAGUCCAGGGAGACUAGAACUUAGCCAGCAGGCAGACUCAUGGGGAUAUCCAAAGGAGGCUUCUCUACUUGCACAGAAGAUUGCAAAAGCAAAAUGGGAGUUUUUCUAUGGAUCCCCAGAAUCACAAAGAGCUGGUGUGCAGCCACCUGAACAUUCAUCACCUCCAUGUUCACCCAUCAGCCCUGGCAGUUUGAGGAACACCAAUACCUCAACAGAACCUAAUGUUUAUGAGCAUAGUCUGUGCCAUGUGGAAGUUGAAAUUGAAAAAACCCCUUCAUGUGAUCAAAUCUCCCAAGUCUGUGAGACGGGCAUUAUACGCAGAACUAUCAAAUACUCUGAAACAGAUUUGGAUGCUGUGCCACUGAGGUGUUAUCGGGAAACAAAUAUUGAUGAUAUACUGGCAGAAAAUGAAGGAUUGGAUUCAGCCAUUGGCAGCCAAAAAGACAGUGAGAGCAACAGGAGCAUCACCGAUACCAGUGCAGAUAAACAAGAACAGGAGAAACAAGAGGUUGCCGUUCCUCAGAUUCCUGGGUUUCCUAGUGAUGUAGUUCAAGGCCAUGCUGAUGAGGAUGAAGAUGAAGUGUUUGAGCCAACAAAGAUAGAGAUGAAGAGGGAGGCUAUACCAACCCCCCUGCGAUCUCCAGUGACAUUCCGUCUAUGUCACCGACUGUCAGAAGAUGGCAUGGACUCCUUCAGCAAGCAUUUUGAGAACAUCAUGGAAUCUCACAGAGCUAAGGGUACAUCAUAUUCAAGCCUGGAUUCUAUUGACAUCCUUUCCUCCUCUGUACAAAACCAGAACAGCUUUUUCACAUUUGACCUUCCCACACUGACCUCAGAAACUCAGAAGCAGAUCUGUAAGAAUGCUCAGCUUAUUGAAGACAACUUUGCACCCUUGGCUCACCUAGAGCUGGACUCUGGGACAAGUUCUGCCACUGACUCAGCUUGGAGUGAGAAGGAGGAAGAAAUAGUACAUGCUACAAGAGCUGAGAAAGACAAGCUGCUUAGCCCUUCCCCAUCUGAGGACAGCCUAGUCAUUGCUGAUGCCAUUAUACACGGUGUACCGCCUCUGGGCAAUAUGGCAUCAGAUUUUGAAUCGGAGAUGGACAGCACUGAACGACUGGCAUUAGGAAGCACAGACACCUUGUCCAAUGGGCAUAAGGCAGAUCAGGAAGCAGCUAAACGCUUGGCAAAGAGACUUUACAAUCUUGAUGGGUUCAAGAAAGCUGAUGUAGCAAGGCACCUAGGGAAGAACAAUGAGUUCAGUAAGAUGGUCGCAGAAGAAUAUUUGAAGUUUUUCGUUUUCACUGGAAUGACUCUGGAUCACGCCCUCAGGAUGUUUUUGAAGGAGUUGGCUCUUAUGGGCGAGACACAAGAGCGAGAGAGAAUCUUGGCUCAUUUUUCCCAACGAUACCAUCAGUGCAACACUAACAGUAUUUCAUCUGAAGACGGAGUUCAUACUUUGACAUGUGCACUGAUGCUUUUAAACACGGACCUGCAUGGACAUAACAUUGGCAAAAGGAUGUCAUGUUCAGAAUUCAUUGGAAAUUUGGAAGGAUUAAAUGGAGGAAACGACUUUCCACGGGAGCUUCUCAAGGCCUUAUACAGCUCAAUUAAGAAUGAGAAGUUACAGUGGACAAUAGAUGAAGAAGAACUCAGGAAAUCACUUUCAGAACUUGCUGAUCCAAACCCUAAAUCAAUAAAACGCAUUAAUAGUUGUGGGAAGCCAUUCCUUGACUUUUCUCAAGAUCCCAAUAUCACAACUUACAAGUAUGGGGUGCUUGUGCGCAAAAUUCAUGCGGAUCCUGACUGCAAAAAAACACCUAGAGGAAAAAGAGGAUGGAAAACAUUCCAUGGAAUAUUGAAGGGGAUGAUUCUGUAUCUACAAAAGGAGGAAUAUAAACCAGGAAAGCCUAUUUCUGAAGAAGACUUAAAAAAUGCAAUCAGCAUACAUCAUUCUUUGGCUACCAGAGCAUCGGACUAUAACAAAAGGCCAAAUGUCUUCUACCUGCGAACAGCAGACUGGAGAGUAUUCCUCUUUCAGGCUCAAAAUACAGAACAGAUGCAUUCAUGGAUCACACGUAUUAAUGUGGUGGCAGCUAUGUUUUCUGCUCUUCCAUUCCCAGCUGCAAUCGGGUCUCAUAAGAAGUUUACCCGACCACUUCUUCCAAGUGCCAUCACCCGCCUGUCUCAGGAGGAUCAGGUGCAAACACAUGAAUCUAAAUUUAAGAGCAUGUCAUCUAGCUUAAUAGAACAUCGUAUGUCUCCUCCAGAUAAGAAGGUGAAAGGAAAAGAAAUGGAUGAAUUUAAACAAAAAGAAGACUACCUAGAGUUUGAGAAAUCUCGUUAUGGUACUUACGCCAUGCUCCUUCGAGCCAAAUUGAAGGCAGGUACAGAAGAUUUGGAAGCUUUUGAAAACAGUUUAUUUGACUCAGCAGAAAAUGAUGAAGAUGGACUAAAAAAAACACGCUCUAGUCCCUCUCUAAAUCUGGACCCACCUGUUUCAGCCACUAAAGCAAAAUGUCAUACGUCUUCGCGAGGCAGCUCCCGACCAUCACACAGCAGCACCAGGCAGAAGUCUUGAGCUGCGAGGCUCUUCAGAUCUUGGUAAAAGAAAGGUUUGAGGCCCCUCCUCCCUCUAUAGCUGGUACGUUGGGUUCUAAGCUAGUACCAAUAAGUAUUGCAUGAUUUACUACUUUCUGCUGGUACAUAUUGUCACAGGCUGAAACCUCAGAGUUUUUGAAAGGAGCAGUGGUAUUCCUAUAAUGGAUCAAAAGCAGCACAGUCACUGCAAACACUGCCUAUAUGUAAGAGUCAACAUGGAUUGUGCAAGAAGAGAAGUGCAUGUGAGUGAAAGCUUUUCAAAAUGUUUUUUUUUCUUUCUGUCUCGAUAACAAUUUUAAAUCUUUUGUUUUAUAUUUAAGCCAUUAAAAUCCAGCGGGACCAUGUUUUUUAAAUUUUAUUAAUGGCAACCAAAAACGGAAACAAAUUCUUAGAAAGUAUCCUUGCAUACCGAAGUGGAGUUUACUAUUAAAAAGUACAGCACAUAAACUUUGCUACAAUCAAAUAUUUUUUAUGGCGACAAUGACGAGAAGAAAGCCUCCUGUUCUAAACUUACAAGGGCCAUGUACAGAAUUUGUAUUCUUGUUUUGUAUAUGAUCCGGCUGCUCCAGCCAUAGAGAGGACAGAACAGUUUGCAGUGACAGAACUUGACAAAAACACUUGGAUUCUCCUGAGGGCUUUGGCAAAAUGGCUUCCCCAAUUCAGGAUGGUGCCAUUUCUUAACUGGUUUCCUCCAUUUUUGUGACAUAUUUUUGCACUUUUACUACUUUACUGAAUUCAAGAUUGUCAUGCUGAUAUUUUGUAGUAUUAAUGCUCUUUUUGAGGUUUGGAAGUUAUUUGCUUUCAUGCUAAAAAACAAAACAAAAAAAAACACAAACAAAAAAAUUGAAUGUCAAUUGUUAUUAGAACUGUAAAUGGAGGUUUACACAUUAAGGAAAUA